GCUGAUAAUGCCGAAGAAGCUUUAGAAAAUGUCCAGGCAGGUGAAAGUGCUUUACGCAAAGCAUUAUCCUACAAGAAGGCAAUGUAUCCUGUUAUGGGUGCUCUAUUGGGUACUUGUGUCGGUGGACCAAUUGGUUUGGUAGCUGGUCUAAAGGCUGGCGGUUUAGCAGCUGUCGGCUGUGGCAUAUUAGGCUUUACCGGCGGUAGUGUUCUAAAAAGUAACCCCGCCAUAUUACAGGGUAACAUUGAAGAGGAACAACAACAACAAGCUAUUGAAAAUUCCGAACAAACACAGGAGGAAAUCGAAAUGACAAAAAAGGAAGACUGACAAAUGGAGAAUUAUAAUCAACCGAUGACAGUGUGGUCGGCGGCAACGCGUCAACUAAUGAAUUUCCAGGGUACAACUGCAAAUCGUUUGGAUCCAGUGGCCCAGGCCACUACCGGUGUAUUGUGCAGUGUUAAAUCUUAUUGUACCAUACAGU